AUGGCAAACAAUCUAGCAGUGAAACCCAAAGGUACUGUAUCACCAGAACCAGAGCUUGAAUCGUCUCUGCAAGACCUGUCCCUCAAGGAAACGGAAAAGAAGAAAAAGAAUCCCAUCAAGGACAUCCCGAAAUUGCAAACACCAACAAGCCCACCCCCUAAACAGAAAUCCGAGAAGGCCAAGAGCAGCAGCCCCGUCGCAGAUUCCUGGGAAGACGAGGCAGACUCGCUUUCCGAGGAGGACAGCAAGGAGAAAAACAACAAUGCAGCCAGCAGUGGCAACAACAGCAACAGGAAUAAGAUAACAAUAAACAACAAAUAUAAUAAUUACAGCGAUAAUGAUAGCACGCCGAUAUCACCCAUCGCCGCGAGGGAUGGAAUCCGAGAACCCCCACCAACACCCAGCUCGCCUCAGCAGUUCUCGGCGCCCUGGGUCGGUCUAAAUGCGGCCCCGUACUCAUCAUAUGGCGGGUCGAAUACAAAUAUGAAUACCAUCAGACCGUCUCCAGCUGGUCGCAUUGCAGCGGAUCGCAGGCCGGAGAAGCAGACCGCCGUGGCAGGUAGGUUGAUUGCUGGGGCUUUGGGGAUUAGGGCACCGAAGAGGACGGAAGAGCAGCGGGCCUAUGACCGGGCUGUGAAGGAACAAGAAAUCAAGCGGCGUAAUGAGGAGAGGGAGAAGGCGGCUAAAGCUAGGGAGGAGGAGGAAAGGGCGAAGGCUGCUAUUUGGGACGACUAG